GCCUGGUAACGGCGGCGACUGUGCGGUCCGUGGGGUGCGGGCGGCGGAGGCCGCAGAGAUCCUGGCCCGAGCCCAGCCGGGCGCUGGGGGUCUGAGCAGGGAUGGCCGCCGCGGCCGCGGUGAUCCCGCCGUCGGGCUUGGACGAUGGGGUGUCUCGGGCUCGCGGGGAAGGCGCAGGGGAGGCUGUGGUGGAGCGCGGGCCGGGAGCGGCCUACCACAUGUUCGUGGUGAUGGAAGACUUAGUGGAGAAGCUGAAGCUGCUCCGCUACGAGGAGGAGCUACUCCGAAAGAGCAAUCUGAAGCCCCCGUCCAGACACUACUUUGCUCUGCCUACCAACCCCGGUGAGCAGUUCUACAUGUUUUGCACUCUUGCUGCGUGGCUGAUCAACAAAACUGGCCGUGCCUUUGAGCAGCCUCAAGAAUACGACGAUCCCAAUGCAACUAUAUCUAAUAUACUCUCUGAGCUUCGCUCUUUUGGGAGGACUGCAGACUUUCCCCCUUCAAAAUUAAAGUCUGGUUACGGGGAACAAGUGUGCUAUGUUCUUGAUUGCUUAGCUGAAGAAGCAUUAAAAUAUAUUGGUUUCACUUGGAAAAGGCCAUCAUACCCAGUGGAAGAACUAGAAGAAGAAACUGUUCCAGAAGAUGAUGCCGAGCUAACAUUAAGUAAAGUGGAUGAAGAAUUUGUGGAAGAGGAGACAGAUAAUGAAGAAAACUUUAUUGAUCUCAACGUUUUAAAGGCCCAGACCUAUCGCUUGGACACAAACGAGUCUGCCAAACAAGAAGAUAUUUUGGAAUCUACGACAGAUGCCGCGGAAUGGAGCCUAGAAGUUGAGCGUGUACUACCACAGCUGAAAGUCACGAUUAGGACUGACAAUAAGGAUUGGAGGAUCCAUGUUGACCAAAUGCAUCAGCACAAAAGUGGGAUUGAAUCUGCUCUGAAGGAGACCAAGGGGUUUUUGGACAAGCUCCAUAAUGAAAUUAGCAGGACUCUGGAAAAGAUUGGCAGCCGAGAAAAGUACAUUAACAAUCAACUUGAGCACUUGGUUCAAGAAUAUCGCGGGGCCCAAGCCCAGCUAAGUGAGGCAAGGGAGCGCUACCAGCAGGGCAAUGGCGGGGUAACUGAACGGACCAGACUCCUCUCUGAGGUUACAGAAGAAUUAGAAAAGGUAAAGCAAGAAAUGGAAGAGAAGGGCAGCAGCAUGACGGAUGGCACUCCUUUGGUGAAGAUUAAGCAGAGCUUAACCAAGCUGAAGCAAGAAACUGUUCAGAUGGACAUUAGAAUCGGUGUGGUGGAGCACACGCUACUUCAGUCAAAGCUCAAGGAGAAGUGUAACAUGACCAGAGACAUGCAUGCGGCUGUCACCCCAGAGUCGGCAAUCGGCUUCUAUUAAACACAUGGGCUUUCAUGCUUCUGGUUAUUUGUUUUUUAUAUCAAAUGAUUUUUUUAAUGUUGCAUUGAUUUCCAAACACAAUUUACACUUCUUCAAGCAUAUUCAGUGGGUAUUUUUGCACAUGUGUUAAUAUCAUGGUGAUUAUGAUGGCCAAAGCCUGUACAAUGAAUAUAGUAGUCAAUAAAGUACUUAAAAUUA